GGCCGGGCGGUGUGUGUGUGUGUGUGUCCGUGUGUGUGUGUGUGUGUGUGUGUAAGAGAGAGAGAGAGAGAGAGAGAGAGCGAGAGAGCUGAGGCUGGACGCUCCAAUGCUGCUCCAGCCACGGAGUGUAUAUUGACGGAUCUGUCGUUUCAAAGCCGGCGAUAGAGCUGUUCACUGUAGUUUCUGACAGCGGAUGUUUUUUUAUCUCACAUUGCUGAAGCAAUGCAGUCCCAGGGCAGCACUUCCUCUCAGCCCUCCAUCGAUUCCCUGAGUUCCGUUGACAGCUUCUUGUGCAGCGACUCGGAGCAGGCCGAGGAUGACAGCGACGUCUUCCUGACGGGUGGCUCUCCUGUCAUCAUCGGUGGUGUGGGCGGGGCUAAGGCCAUUGGAGACAGAGGGUCGGAGAGUCCCGGGUCCCAGUGGACGUGUGAUGGCUCCACGGAUAAAGAGGAAGAGGAGGAGCUGUACAGGUCGGAAAAAGGCAGCAAGGCGGCUCUCAUCAGAUUGGACCAGACGGAUCCUUCAAAACAGAAUCCAAAGUCACAGGGAGACCUGCUGUUUGCUCAAAAGUGUGCUGAGCUACAGGGAUUUGUCAGGCCCCUGCUGGAGCUGCUGAAUGGACUGAAGAGGGGUCGAUUCGAUCAAGGUUUAAGUAGUUUCCAGCAGAGCGUCGCAAUGGAUCGCAUCCAGAGGAUUGUGGGUGUUUUACAGAAACCCCACAGUGGGGAGAAGUACCUGAACACUCUGCUCCAGGUUGAAGUGAUGCUGAAGCUUUGGUUUCCGCAGAUCCACUCUCAGCCUGUCUCUACAGGGUCCAGCGUCGCAGCGUCACCCGCUUGCUCACCCCAGGACAAUUCCCCCGUCACCCCACCGCACAAGCACAGGGAUCAGUCACACAUUCCCGUCAAGAAGCGCAGACUCAGCUGGACAGGUACGGACUCCCCCACCCCUUCCCCGGUGCUUUUCAAGUGCUCUCGAAUCAGUGCAGAAGAGAAGAAGGUGAAUCAAGAGUGUGAUGAAAGGAAUAGCCCUCUUUCUCCGUCAUUGGCACCUGAUGCAAACCAAAACUCAUCUGUGGUGUGUAAGGACCACUUAAAUGGGGAUACAAUGGAAAAAGACUGUGACAGAGAGGAACUAGGCCAACAAUCAAAAUACAAAACAGGGCAGAACUCGGAGCCAAGCCUGACGUGGGUUCACGUUGCCCCCAUCCUUUCCCCCCCAAAGCCCUGCAUUUCACAUGAGGGCACAACAGUGGGAGGUAACAAUAAAAAACAGACCGUGAAUGCCAUCCUCCCGCCCAGGAGGAGGGGCAGGUCAGCAACACAAGACGGCUCCAUCACUUCUUCGUCAGUCGCCAAGCACCCCAAGAAUCUGAAGAAGCCGAGCCAGCCUGUCACUGGGCCACAGAGUGAGAGUGAUACCGCUGAGACAUGUCAGGGUCCAAGUGUGGCACCUCAGGACAAGCUUACUCCUUUGCCCGAGGUGUGCCCCACCCCCUUAAAGACCUGAUGCAUUGAAGAAGAAAAAGUAGCCGGCAGCUUUGAAUUUUCUCUCUACCGGGCUGAAAGCUGCUGUGUGGGGAAGAGGGGAAGAGGAUGAAGGUGAUUAUAGAUGCAUUAAAGGGAGGAAGGGAGGAAAGAAUUAAAGGUGAUAAAUGUUAAAGUUUGAUCAUACAUAACACCUCAUCAGAACCUCCAUUGAAACAAGUAUCUCAAACAACAGACAAAACGUGUUUAUGAGGAAUCAAAUCGAGAGUUGAUAAUCACAACUACGUUAUAAUAUUAACAUUUGCACAAAAACAGUUGUGGUUAAGGCGAAUAGGAAAGAACUCUCAGAGCUCAAUGACUAUUAGCAGCUUAUUGAGUGAUAAACUAUAGGAGAGGAGAAUUUUAAGGAGCAGUUUCUCCUCAGCUUACAAGCAAUCACUUUAUUUAAAGAUGACUGGCAGACAUCUUAACUGAGGCACACACUUUUUCAAAAUGUUAUGAUGUCAAUUUCUGAAUGAAAGCUUCCAAGGUUGUUGUGAUGAGGUAACUUUAAUCCAGAGUGAGUGACACAGGGUGAGCUGAAUCUGAAACUAGUCACAUUUGAGGUUACAUUGACUUGUAGAUAGAGUUGAGUCAUCCGGCUGGAAGAGGAAUCGUGAGUUUUAAGUCAUUGCAAAUCUUGUAGCUCGAGAUGUAAGAAACACCAUGUACAGAGCGCAGCGUUAUACUGUACAUGAGGUUGGUGUGAGAGUCAUUGGAAACUGUGGAAAAAAUGAUGUCAUCAAUUCAUGAAUGUAAUCCAAGAAAUGUCUGGGAGCAUAGCAUGGAGAGGUGUGUCAUCCCAGCGAUCAGAGCUCCACUUUUCUUGUCAAGCUGUUAAUCAGAAGUUUCUUCCCGCUCCUCGACUGCAAACUGAGUGGCAAUCAUUGUCAUUAAAAAAUCUAAGAAAGACUUUUAAAAUACCAGCCGGAGGAAAAAACAAGGACCAUUCAAAGACAUGCGACUCUCGAGUCCCACAGUUAAUUUAUUCCUGUGUUGAUCAGACACUGCAUUUAUUUAUUGUUUGUGUUUAUUUAUUGGGCAGCUGAUGUCGUCUGCUGUUCUCACGCACAGGUUGGCUGACAAUUGUUUUGAGUGGAUUGGGAAGAUGCUGGUUUUUUUUGCUAUCAUGAGGAGAGAAAAAAAAGUGUGAAAUGUUUUGAUUGGACUAUUGGACUACUGUGCCUUUUUACCAAAUAGUGUGUUCAGAAAAGCAUUUGGUGCUUUUUCAGUGCAUUCAUACUGCAUUUUGAUUGUUUGCUUGUAUUUUACAGAAUCGGGACAAAUUCAAUCCUGAAAGUGAACAUGUGGUCAUUUUCAUCUUGCUUCCAAAUUUACACGCAGCAUCCAGACCUACAGUAUCAUCAACUAUCUAUAUACUCCAUCCACAGUUACAUAAACUGCCUACAACUUCAACCUUUACACACACUAACUGUGGUGUGCUGAAAUUUGUCAAGUAGUAUUAUUAAGUGUAGCCUUCCUUUGGAGCUUUUCUUUUGGUGCUCUUGAAAAACUUGAAAAAAUACAGACAAAUUAUAAAUGUAAGAGAGGAAAUCUUUAUCUGCACCACCCUCUACUGCUGCUAUUGUUAUUCGGAUUCCAGUCCUAAUUUAGAUGUUUGAUAGGAGAAAUCUGGAAAUCUCUAUCAAUAUUCUUCUCAAAGUAGGAGGGGAUUAAGCAAUGUGAUUGGAGUUACCUAUAUUGCAAAAGUAUUGUAAAUAUUUAGAAACAAAUAUUUUUAAAUUGGUAUGAGUACUUCAUACACUAUUUAGAUAAACAGAGGUCGAAAUCCGUGUACCUGUCUCUUCUCAAAAAGUGAACAUAUGAGAUCACAGAGCCACUGGCAGCCUCCAUUUUCCUGCCUAUGUUUGUGGAAUAAGGAGUGUACAAACCCUCACAGAGUCAGACGUCUUGCCCCAUCCCGUCUGCAAACAUGACGGUACAAUGUGCCAGACUCUGACUCUCGAUCGGGGGCAGGGGGGGGGGGUCCUCCUCCCACUCCUGUUUUUAUACGGUUGUGGUAUGACAGAGAAACCAAUUGCACUUAUUUUUCAUUGUUUGUGUCCUAUUUUCAUGUAUGUUUUCUACUGCAGCGACCACUGCUGAUUGGUCAGAAAUAAUAUGUCUUGUUUAUUUUAGCUGCCUUCUUUCUUCCUAAACUGUAAAAGCGGACCGUAGUUCCCUCCCUUCCCCUCCCCCACUCUGCUGCAUUCGUCUGCCCUUGCCCUCUCUCCUUCAUCUCCCUCAAUCCCGUUAGUAUCUUUUCUUCCUAAACUAAACCCUGUCUUUAUCUCUUCCCAUCGUUAAAUGCUAUUACUCUUCCAGCUACUUUUUCAAUAAUGAUAAGC